CAAAAUUGAGGAACAUUGGCACAGAUGUUAGCUUGACAAAUUUUCCACAGGGAAAAAAAAAAGCGUCAACAUUACAGGUAAUUUCAUGUUUCGUCUACUAUAGUGGUAGCCAAAUGAAAGUCUGAAUUAUUUUUAUUAUUUCAGGUGGCAUAACAAAUUGUGAUUUACUUAAGAAUGAUUAUGCAGAGUAACUGACUCAUCAAGUUUCUUUCUUUCUGGUUUGGAUAAAUCAGUACAGUAAAGUUAACUAUUUGAAGCAUAUCAGAAGCUCACAUUAGCUUAUGAUAUUAGUGUGAUGGGUCAGGACUGUGGGGGGAUAAUCAAAGGGCCUUUGGAUAAAAGUAGUUUGAGAUGUCCAUUGCCAUUUUUUAGAAUAAUGAGCAUAACUGAGAGUACUGGUCAGAGGUCAAGACAGGCUGCUGUAUUCCACAGCUCCAAGGUUACCAUUCUGAUUGUGGUUGAGAUUGUGCUCCAGAGGGUGCCACAGGCAGCCCUGAGUCUAGGGAAUGUUACUGGAUACCUCACUAUAAAAAGGAAGUGGUUACAGGUGUGGUAGACAGAAUGGCCUUCCCAGCACCCACUCCCACCUCCCCCCCAAAAAGUAACACUGUGACUAUAUUAUCUUACUUGGCCAAUGGGACUUUGCAUGUGUGAUGAAGUUAAUAAUUUUGGAAUGGGAAGAUUAUCUUGAAUUGUGGGGAGAGGGGGCAAUUUAAUCAUAAGAAUCCUUGUAAGAGAGAGGCAGGAGGGUCAGUCAUAGUCACAAAAGAAGUGACUGCGGAGGUCAGAGUGAUGAAGGGUCACUAGCCAAGGAAUGCAGGGAGCCUCUAGAAGCUGGAAAAGGGAAGAAAACAGAUUCUUUCCUAGAGCCUCCAGAAGGAACGAAUUGUUUUGUGUUUUAGAACUCCUUAGUUCCCAUGUGAGUUAUUUAAUGUUUAAUAGUUAGCUAAAUUUAUUAAACUGGAUAGCAUGACAUUGUAUAACUCCCUGACACUGUCACAGGGUGUCCUCACUGAAAAUCAGGUAUACCUUAAAUUUGAAAAUUAUUUGAGAUUCUAGAGUUUUCUGGCAGCCAGCUUGCCUACUAAGUCAUCCAGACCUCUGAAUGUCUCUUAGAAGUUAGGUGGAAUCCACAUACUGCCGUGUGCAAGCACCUCAAGGCUGGCUGCUCGAGAGAACUUCCUCUGAAUUCCAGUUGGUGAUAGAAGGAGAUUUAGAUACUAAGGAAAUUACCUCAGGCCUUUAUUUUACGCUACAACCUACGCCUUUAACAUAAACUUAAGGAUAUUUGCUUCCUUCUGGAUUUUCCAAAUAUCGUUGACAAUUAAAUAAAAAUGCAAAGCAGUGUGUAGAGGUUUCUCUUGAAUAGUUAAUAAAAUAUUCAGCAGUCUGAUCUAUACUUUUAAUAACAUGCAUUAUUAAUCUGGAAUCUAAGUAUGCUCUUGCAUUUGUUAAAAUGUUCAUUUGCAUUUGUUUCAAGUUCCUGUUCAGUCAGUAUUUUUCAGUGGCUGCUGUGCACUGUUUUAUUCAGUUGGCACUGGGGAAUUGAUAAGCACCUCAGUAAAAUAGAGGAGAGACAGUACUGUGCAGCUAGAUGGGUGCUAUCAUGGGCAGGUAUGUGUGUGACACAUACGUGUACAAAGGUCCUGACUGCUCCACGUGGAGAGUGGCCAGAGAAGACUUCGUAGAGGAGGUGACUCAAGUUGAGACCAAAUGGCUGAAUCAGUUCGCCAGGCAGGAAAAAACAGAUGGCAUGUGCAAAAACACUACCUUGAAAAAGAUUUCAUGGUUUAAAGGAUCUGAAAAAAAUUAAACAUAGUCAAUGAAUUUUACUUGUCUUAUCACCUUUUUCAUCAUCUUUCCCUCAAGUUUGUGAUCGAAUGUGCUUUUUUCUUAGCUUCCUCCCUUUCCUUUAAUAACAUUUUCGCAUUGAAAAUCCCAAUUAUUUUUCUACAGAACAGGAACAUCUGUUUCCUUUAACCAUGAGACUAAAAUUGUAUAUCAGCGAACAACAGAUGCUAAGCAUUAAGAGGAAUGCUUCGGUAGGCCAAGCAGCGGUCGGCUCAUGUCUUCUGCCAUUUUCAAUUUUCAGAGUCUGUUGACUGUAAUCUUGCUGCUUAUAUGUACCUGUGCUUAUAUCCGAUCCUUGGCGCCCAGCCUCCUGGACAGGAAUAAAACUGGGUUGUUGGGUAUAUUUUGGAAGUGCGCCAGAAUUGACAAAAGAUAUAAAUUUAUGAACAGUGCGACUGAGCUCAAUGAGGAAGCUCUGAAGAUGACAAUGACCUUGAAGAUUUUCAUUGGCGAACGGAAGAGUCCCUAUGUUGCAAUAUGCUGUAUAGUGAUGGCCUUCAGCAUCCUGUUCAUACAGUAGCUUGGAAAAAUGCCAGAAUUUGUCAUCAGAUUUCAAUAUGAAAAAAGGACUUAUCUGCAGAAAAUAGUGGAAAGAAUGGUUAACCUUUUUAUCUCUGAACAUUGAAUGAGAUAAAUUUCCAGCUGCUGUUCUCUAUUUUUGUUAUUGGACCAAUGUUCUAUAUAAAUAAUUAGGAUGCAACCAUUUAAUACUCAGAGUUUGAUAUGUCUGUAACAAUCAGCCUCACUCCUGUCACUACAAUAUUACAUUUGCAAACAUCAUUCUGUUGUGUCAGAUACCAGUUUUUAGUGAGGUAUCUCUAAGGUACAUAGAAAACAAAAUUGGUAAAUUACUCAAGUUACUUUCACUGUGAUUUGGAAAUGGUAUAUCUUUAUAGAAUGAGGCCUUUUUUAGACUAGCUUUUUUAUUGAAAAAAGAAAGGUUCAAUUUGUGUUGGUAAGGAUUGCAUUCAUAUUUAAUAAUGCUUGCUUUUCCUCUGGCCACACCGUUUUGAGCAUUAACCAGAGUACCUCUACUCUUAGCAAACUGUAGCUUAUUACAGUGUUUAAACUAUUUAAAACAAGCCUAUGCAGUUCUUAAGGAGGAAGAUAAAUGAGAAGUGAUUUAAGAGUAGUAUUGCUAAAAUGUUCAUAUUUAACAUAGAAAAGUUUAGAAUAGCUGACUGGCUUAGAAGCCUCUGCAGCCUCUCUGGUUAAGUAUGGAUAAAUGUCUUGAGCAUAAAUUUGACCAGCUAACUGUCAUUCUCUAAACAAGACUGCAUUCUUAGAAUGAAAAGAGCAAAACAGAACACUUACAGAAUGAUAAUCCUAUAUAUGUUUUUCUUUUUUUAUUUUUAGUGUUAGGUCUCCACUUAUUUUAAUUGCUCCAAAAUGCAAACUGUAUUUUUUGUUGUUUUUUAAUACAGCACUUUAAAUCUAGUUUAUGUUUUGUCUGUCAACUUGAACUGGAAUCUCUUGUGUAACUUAGUAGGUUAUGAUAAACAGUUUUUAAAUCUACUUAUCCAUAUAUCAUGGCGUAUGUGUCUUUGAGCUUUGUUAAUAAAGGAGAAACUUCAGUAGUUUUCGUUGAGGCAA